GGCUUCAAAAUUUGAAAUCCUAGGGUUCGUUCGUUCGUUCAUUGUCCAUUAUCGGUUUCACGAUCCGAUAAUCGAAUCACUUCACCAUUUCCAAUCGAUCUUCACUCCACAGCACGAAGAAUCAAAAGCAGAAGCAGAAAAGGAAGAAUCAGCCGCCAUGGACAAGUACGAGAAGCUUGAAAAGGUCGGCGAAGGAACCUACGGGAAGGUGUACAAGGCGAAGGACAAGGAGAGCGGCCAACUCGUCGCUCUCAAGAAAACUCGCCUCGAAAUGGACGAAGAAGGCGUUCCACCCACUGCUCUUCGCGAGGUUUCUCUUCUCCAGUUGCUCUCUCAGUCCCUCUACGUCGUUCGUCUCCUCUGCGUCGAGCACGUCCACCACCACAAGAGUGGUAAGCCGCUCCUCUACCUUGUAUUUGAGUAUCUUGACACCGAUCUCAAGAAGUUCAUCGAUUCGCAUCGCAAGGGCCCCAAUCCUCGCCCUCUUCCCUCCUCCCUUAUCCAGAGCUUCCUGUUUCAGCUCUGUAAGGGCGUUGCCCACUGUCAUAGCCAUGGCGUUCUCCAUCGCGAUCUCAAGCCGCAGAAUCUUCUUCUCGAUCAGGCCAAGGGCGUCUUGAAGAUUGCCGAUCUUGGCCUUGGCCGCGCUUUUACGGUUCCUCUUAAGAGCUACACUCACGAGAUUGUUACUCUCUGGUACCGUGCUCCUGAGGUCCUCCUUGGAUCCACUCAUUACUCCACUGCUGUCGAUAUGUGGUCCGUCGGCUGCAUCUUCGCCGAAAUGGUGAGAAGACAGGCCCUGUUCCCGGGAGAUUCGGAGUUCCAGCAGUUGCUUCACAUUUUUAGGCUGCUUGGUACCCCAACCGAGAAACAGUGGCCUGGCGUUAGUUCUCUCCGGGAUUGGCAUGUCUAUCCUCAAUGGGAACCUCAGAAUCUGACACGUGCAGUUCCAUCUCUGGAACCAGAGGGUGUUGACCUUCUCUCGAAAAUGCUUCAAUACAAUCCUGCAGACAGAAUCUCAGCGAAAGCAGCACUAGACCACCCUUAUUUCGACAACAUUGACAAGUCUCAGUAUUAGACAGCUGAGAGAAUGUGAGGGAAUAUAGCGAAUGGCAAUUUGAUGUGAUAUGAUCUGUUGGUAAACUUGUCAUCAUCUUGGUGAAUGCAAGAUUUUCUACUUGUAUUUGUGAAGUUCAAUUUGAAGCUCUUUUUUUUUUGUUGGACUAAUUUCUAGGGGAAAGAUCUGAGAGAGAAGUAUUUGUGAUGUAAUGUUAUUUUUUGAAAAAAAAAAAAUAGAAGACAAAACUUGAGGACAUGUUGGGUC